AUGCCGAAUUCAGCGUUCGUUCGACCCUCGUCUUCGCGACCGUUCGAGACGGGCACUCAACCCACGUCGGAAGUGUUCAACAGAGCUCUGAAAAAGAAGACUCACCCUCGGCGAGAAGAGAUGCGUCGACAAAUCGCGAAAGAAAAGAAAGACUCCAGCUGCUACCAAGACGAGUCGACGGUCGUCGUCUCCCGAUCAGGAAUUUCUUUUUUUUUUAACUUGUUUUAUUUGAUUCAACUACCGUUAGUGAUUGGAUUACGAGACCACCAAACCUCAGUUGUAUUCUCAGGACAGCACACAUUCCGCCAUCGAAAAGGAGUUCGAUUCAUCCAUCCCUUCAUGGCUGUUGUUUGCGAACGCCAUGAUCGGCCACUGUAUCCGUGGCCCGCGCUCGAAGGCCUUGCCAUGGACAUGGACCACACAUCUGAUAUUCUGAUAUUUCUUGACAAGUUCAAUCGGCCGUUCGACUCAAUGCUCCGUGCUAUCACGGCCAUUGAACUAAUCCAUCGCUCCCACCGCUCCACAAAGCCAUUCAGGCUGAACAAAGUCAGCCCUGGCCCAACAUUCACGUUUACAACGACGCGCUCUGCCGUUCACACCCACUUGCGUCAUACUACUCCGACAAGAAUGGAGGGAUUGGCAAAUCGAUGCCAAUGGCUUUGUAUUCGCGUUGCUACUGUUCGCAAUACAUUCGCAAUAAUACAAAUUCGGGCUACGAACACUGGUCAACCAUCUUCCUGUGCUUCUCAUCAGUCCGUGUAUGAUUCGACCUUCGACCCAUUGAAUCGCAAGGGCUCAACAGACCCUCCGGACCAAUUCGUUGCUAGAAAGGGAACGCAUAUCAAGAGCAAUGUCUCGAUUGUCGACGAGGGAUGA